AUGGACUUCAUUGUUGGAAUACCUCGCUUCUCUCGAGGUAAGUUGGCACCGCGGUAUAUUGGGCCAUAUGAAAUUAUUCAGAAAAUCAAUCCUGUGACAUACCAAGUGGCUUUACCUCCGGUUAUGGAGAACAUGCAUAAUGUUUUUCAUGUUUCGAUGCUUCGGGAAUAUCUACGAGAUCCACUCCAUGUGAUUGAAUCGACACACAUGCUUUUGAAAGAUGAUUAUGUGUAUAAAGAACAACCAAUCCAAAUUGUGAAUCACCAGAUCAAAAGACUGAGAAAUAAAGAAAUCCCAUUGGUGAAAGUAGCUUGGCAAAAUCAUAGAAGGACGUAUGUGACUUGGAAAACCGAAAAGGACAUGAUGAAAAGAUACCCUGAUUUAAUCCUUCUAGACCCAACAUUCUUCCAAAAUGAAGGAAUACCUGUCCGUUUUUUUGUUUCAGUAUGCGAAUUGAAGGCCUUAUUGACAUCUCAUCACGAAAUUGUCUAG